GCCAGGACUGGCGUGGAGCAUGGAGAUCCCAGGCUCUUUCCCUCUGGUGCUGGAGGGACCCUGGGGUCCCAACCCCCCCAAGAAGUUGUGUAACAAGUUGCAGUGCUACUUCCAGAGCCCCCGGAGAUCAGGAGGUGGGGAGUGUGCGCUCACACUGCAGAAGGGCCGUUCUGAGAUCCUUCUGCUCUUUGAACAGGAAGAAGUAAGGCAACGGGUUCUGAAGAGAGAGAAUCAUGAGUUAGAACUGACAAGAGAGGAAAAAUUGAAACUCACUGUUAGACUGCCUACAGUAAAGGAUGGCAAUAAAAUAAAUGAGAAACCAGUCACCACAGAGGAAUCCAAAAUCAAAGAUGGAGCCCAAGAACAAGAGGCAUCAGAAGACCGGGACACAAAGCUUCCACUGGAGAGAAGAUCAGCCCAGACCAAGGGUAUCUCCAAAGGCCCUGGAACUACUUCCUCAUUGGUUGUAUUUAAAAACAUCCAAGACACGGUGACAGAGGAUCUAUUGACUCUGUUGGUGGAGAAUAUGAGUGGCUUGUCAGAAGCAAGUGGAGACUUUACAAUAGAAAUCAUACCAGAAGCUGAAGUUGCUGUGGUUACCUUUAUGAAAACCAUUGAUACAGAGACAUUUAUUACUAUUUGUGCUGAGAAUGACAAAGUAGGAAAACUUAAGAUUUCUGCAUCACUUUUAGAAGUGACAAAGACUAUUCUGGUAGAAGAUCUACCCCCAGGUGUUAAUGAACAUUAUAUCACUCUUUUCUUUGAAAACACAAAAAAUGGAGGGGGACCAGUAACCAGAGUUGUGUAUCUUCCAAAGGAGAAUUCCGCUCUGAUUCAGUUUGAAGAAUGCAAAGUGCUUGACACCAUAUUGACAAAGAAGCUUCUCUUCAACAACAGUCCCAUCUCACUGUUUCCGUAUUACCCUACUCUCGGUAUAGCUUUAUAUGGAAAGGCAAAGCCACCAGUGAAACUGCCAGAGCCCUUAACAGUGCCUGCGGAACCUUAUCUGUUGAAGUUCUUACAGAAAGAUGAUCAAGUAAUUAGAGAGAUAACCAGCACCAUGGAGAGAGCUCACUGUGAGCUAACAUGGCCCCAACCUAAUUGUAAAGAGCCAGAAAAUAUACCCAGUGCAAAAAUUACACUCAGUCCUUCAGCCACCUUAGUCAGCCAAAGAAGAAGGAGCAAUAUCCUCAAAACAUGGCGUGAAGAUGUUUCCAAGAAAUUCUCUUGUCUUAUGUCUGAAUACCAGGUCACUAGGUAUAGAGCAGACACAGUGGUGUGGGAAGCUAUCAAAAACAGCAUAGAAAAUGAGAGCAUUUUGAUUGAGUUUGAUAAGCUUCGGGAGACAGUGAUUAUAGCAGGGAGACUGGAGAAUGUGCAAAGAACUGAAGGACAAAUAAGGACUCUGAUAGAAAGGGCGACCCAAAAAAUAGAAAAGGAAAAGCAAAGUAUAAGAGAGAACUUGAAUGUGUGUCCUAGAAGGUUUUCCAUUUUACACAAAAAUAAAUUAGAAGAGACUCUCCUCAGCGAAUACCCAGAGCUGGAAGUCACUUAUGAUGCUCUCACAAAGAGCAUUUGCCUGAGUGGAUUGGCUGCAGAUGUGUACAAAGCAAAGAGUGAAAUUCUGGAGAAGCUACAGAGCUUGGCUCAGAAAUCUUUCCAUUUUCCUCCUCAGAUCAUCCAGUUUCUGCAGCAAGUAAAUUGUGAGACAUUCUCUGAAUCUCUUUUUGGAGCUGAGAAACUUCCUGCUGUUUAUGAGGUGGAUGGUGAAGCAAUUGUGCUGGUUGGCUCCUCUGCCCAAGUUCUUUCAGAAGCUGAAAAACAUAUGAAGAAAGCUUUGGACUUUAAGUGCAUCGACAUGGUAGACAGUGAUAUUCUUAAUGAUUGUCAGUGGAAAACACUCACUGGCAAUUUAAACAAGAAAUACAACUAUUCCUCAAAGUCUGUAAUAAUAAUGGAGCAAAAUUCAGACAUUGGAGUUAAGAUAAUAAUUGCUGGUUGUGUUAGUCCAGUGUGUGAAAGCUACAAGGAACUUUAUGAAUUUAUAGAAAAAAGCACAAAAAUACAGAAGUUUGUCUCUGUGAAAUCUCUAGCAGUUAUCCAAUAUAUGAAGGAGGAAAAUAAGCAUAUCUGGACAAAACUAAAGAAAGAAAAUGUGAAGGUCAGUUUCAAAACUCUGGCCAACCAAAGUGGCAUUUCAUUGAGUGGUCCAAAAGGAAAAGUAAUGAGAGGAGUGGUCAUGGUUAAACAAACACUGGAUUCAAUACAUGUUAGAAAUUUUAGCAUUGACAAACCAGGGGCCAAAUCUUUAUUCAAAGACAGAGAAGAGUUUUAUAAAAUGGAAGCAAAGGAGAAGCAUAGUUGUUCAAUUUGGCUACAAGAAGAUGGAGAGGAGAGCAGUGGGAGCAGCAUUGAAGGGCAGAAAGUCCACUGCAAGAUAACCUUAGAAUCUGGCAUCUUAUUAACAGUUCAGGAAGGUGACUUAACCCAGUUCUCAACAGAUGUGAUGGUGAAUAUGGCAAAUGAGGACCUAAAGCUCUAUGGAGGCCUGGCAGCUGAACUCUCUAAAGCAGCAGGACCAGAGCUACAGAGGGACUGUGACCAGAUAAUCCAGAAACAGGGUAAGAUCCCUCCUGGCUGUGCUGUUGUCUCAGAUGCUGGACAGCUCCCAUAUCAGCAAGUGAUUCAUGCUGUUGGCCCCCAGUGGAAUCAAAAACAUGCUCACAGAUGCAUGCAAUCAUUAAAAACUGCUAUCACAGAGAGUCUUUAUCUGGCUGAAUCUUAUGGGCACACUUCAGUAGCUAUCCCAGCUCUUAGCUCUGGGAUCUCUGGCUUCCCCUUAAAAGAGUAUGCAGAGACCAUCAUCCUGUCCAUCAAAGAAAACUUCCAGGACCCACAAAAUAAACAUAGCUUGAAAAAGAUUCAUCUUGUAUGUUCAUCUGAGGAAACAGUUCAAGCUUAUUCCAAAGCUAUGAAAAACAUCUUUAAAGAUCUUUACCCUGAUAACAGUUCAAUGCCUUAUACACAAUCAGAAGGCCGGGAAACCAACCUGAGAAAAAAAGCUGAAUAUGGAAAUGUGCUGGCUUCCAUCCAAACUAGAGAAGGUCUGAGCAUCUUGUUGAUGAAGGGAGAUAUUCAGGAUGCUGAGACUGAUAUUAUUGUCAACUCCAUUUCUCCGGAUCUUCCCCUUAAUGGAGGGGCACUUUUUCAGUCCAUAUUGAAGAAAGCUGGUCCAUUUCUCAAAGAAGAAUUAAAUGAAGUGAGAAAAAGAAUGGAAAUGAAAACAGGAUCUGUUCUCCUGACCAGUGGCUGUGAUCUGAACUGCAUCUUUGUUCUCCAUGCAGUAAUUCCUGUGUGGAACAAUGGAAAAGCUCAUUCACAAAAGAUCAUGGAAGAUAUAGUCAGAGAAUGUUUGGACACUCCUGAGAUUCUCUCUCUUACAUCAAUCACAUUUCCAGCAAUUGGAACAGGAAAGGCAAUGUUUCCAAAAGCCAUUUUUGCUCAAUUAGUCCUUUCACAACUGUUUAAGUUCAGUUGUACAAGACCUUUGAAAACCCUAAAAGAAGUUCACAUUCUGUUGCAACCCAAUGAUAUAGAAAACAUUAAGGCAUUUUCAGAUGAAUUCACUAGAUGGGGUGGUGGAAAUGGAAAUGGAAAUCCUACCAGUUACAGAGUUGCCGAGACUAUUGAUAGACAAGAUUUCUUUGGGACUAUUUCUAAUACUGCACCUGGAGUUUAUGUAACAACAAUUGGUUUCAUUUCCUUUAUUGUUGCCUCUGGAGACAUUUCUGAGGAACAAGAAGAUGUUAUUGUAAAUUCUACAAAUGAAACAUUUAGCCACAAAGGAGGGGUUUCCAAAGCCAUUUUAGAAGCUGCUGGACCAACUGUGGAAUCGGAAUGUGCACGAUUAGCUGAACGGCCUCAUGGCAAUUUUAUAAUUACACAAGGGGGAAAUCUGAAGUGCCAAAAAAUAAUUCAUGUAAUUGGUCACAAGGAUGUUAAAGAAACAGUUUCCAGUGUCCUACAAGAGUGUGAACGGAUGAAGAGCAAAUCCAUUGCCCUCCCACUCAUUGGAACAGGUAAUGCCAAACAAGACCCACAUAUUGUUAUUAAAAAAAUAAUCGAUGCUAUUGAAGACUUUGCAUGGAAAGGGUCUGUCCAAUCAGUGAGCAAAGUAAAAGUAGUCAUCUUCCGGCCAGAGCUACUGAAAGUGUUUUAUGACAUUAUGAAAAAAAGGGAAGGCUCUGUGGUGCCAACCUCAAUGUUCUCCAAAUUAAAAGUACUUUUAGGUCUUGCAAAACAUAAUUUGAUUUUUGGAAAGAAAAUAGAAUCAACCAUGUUUCAGAUAUGUGGUGAAAGUAAGGAGAACGUUGAUAGCACUGUCUCUUGGAUACAAGACUUAAUUUUAAAAGAACAAAAGAGUUACCUCUACUCAGAUGAAGCCAUCCAAAACUUUGGUGAAGAAGAAUUCAAGGAACUGAAUAAGCUGCAGAGAAAUCUGAAUAUCAUAAUUUCCCCCCUAAAUAACUUUUGUCUUCAGGUUAUAGGAUUUGCCAGAGAUGUGUUAAAGGCUUCCCAGACAAUUGAGGACAUGAUCCAGAGAGUUCACUUACAUAAAGAAUAGGAGUCUGAGGCUGAACUGUUCAGUGAGAUCAUUGAAGGGCAGUAUAACAACAAUGGCGUUAAAUUUUGAUUUCUUUUUUCCCUUCCCUUCCCUUCCUUUCUCCAUUCCUUGUCUUUCCUUUCCCUGCCCCUCAACCCUUUCUUGACGUCUAUUCAUCCCCUGGCAAAGUGUACAGCUAUCAUCCUUGUAUAACCUUGUAUAUUAGUGCAAAGACAGUGCUUAUUUAGUACAACAUAAUUUAACCCACCACCACCAAGAGCUUUUUUUACAGCCUGUCCUCCAUUUGUAAAUCACUUCUUUAGCUUAAAACUUUAAUUUUUAUUGCAAUGCAAAAACCCUAGAGGAAUAAAAUUAAGGUUCUGUCUUUAAUCUGUCAUUUAUACCUAAGAAAACUGAUUCAUAUGUUCCCCCAUUAAAAUGAGUAAAGUAGUAACUUUCUCAUUUGCAAACCAGUCUCUUCUCAGUUUUCCUUAGCAUAAAUUAAUACUCCCAAAUACCUGCAGGGAUUGAUUACUUUUUUGGGUAAACAGAUAAAAACAAUCUUCUGAAUCUGCCAAACUUAUUAUACAAUAAGCAAUGGUGAAAGCAUGAAUGAGUCCACUAGAUUUUUCCAGAAAUCAGACUAUAAUGGAGGAGCAGGAAGAUGAAGAGGAAUAAUAGCAGGAUACUCGAGACCUUAUUUUCUUUUUAUUUUUUAGAAAGCUAAUUAGCCCAUUGGUGGAGCCAACAUGAACAUUCACAAGCACAUCUGAAUGUGACUCAGGCUCAAUUUUCUUAUCCAAUUGCUUUCCCAACUCCACUCUUCACUGAUCACAGUUGCUGACAUCCUAGAUGAUACCCUGAACAAUGUUCCUGGGUGCGUAUGUAACAAUUUAGGGCUCUAAGAACAAAUGGAAUGAGCUUUGUGGGGAUGAUUUCCCUCAGAGACCCCAUGGGGCAGGUUUUCCAGGUCAUUCCUGGAGCUUCUUGAGUUCCUCUGCUAUCUUCCCCUUCAUCAGAACCUCAGUCUGAGCUGGGAAGUUAGCUCAGUGGAUCUUGUAAUAACAGUCAUUAAAGAUUGGAAGCUGUGCCUAGAUGGGGUUGGGAAAAUCACAAGGAAUUAUCAAGUACUGUGGUGAAUUACCUGGCAUAAAGCAUAGUGGCUAUUGGUCCUUGGCUCCCCCCAAGCAAUGGGACCAUUUGACCUGGUGAUAUAUUUCCCAUUUUACUCUAUGUUGCCUUACUGCAAGCAAGCAGCAAAAUGGUGCAUGGGGCAGUGUACUGGUCAUUAUAGGGCAGCAGGGACUGAAUCUAGCUCCAAAAAGAGUUAAUGUACCAUAUGGUUGAUAUGGCAAACACCACAAGGGCAUUCUUCUGUGGUGGGAUCAUGUGGAAGUGAUCAACAUCCAGUGAGCCCUGACAGUAGCUACUCAAGGUUGUCAAAAUCAACAUGAAAGGUGAUUGAAAGAGAGUUAAUCAUAGUGAAUUUAUCCCAACAAUCAGGCCCAGAAUUCAAACAUUUUAAGUGUCAAUUCCAAAUUCUAACUUUUGGUGCAUUGGUAGACAAGGCCACAAAGUGUUUUGCCACAGCUGGGGGAUCUCAUUGGGACCCAAAGUAUUCCUUGGUUGUAUCAUCAUUUCCAGGGUGGUGAAGAUCUUCAAAACAAUGAUGAAGCAUAUAAUCUAUGGCUUCAGGGCAGCAAGGGUCUUGGCAAUAAAGGUGCCAUAACACUGGAGGCAUGAUAGCCUCCUUGGGAAUAGGACUUCAAUGUUUCUGUCACCAUCAGAGAACCGAAAUAAAAAUUUGC